GAUCUCCAAUCUAAAUGUCAGACCAGCGGCAGACCUGGACGAAAUUCUAAUCGCCCUCACAUCAAACCCGUGCCGCUGUCCGGGCUGUCAUCUCCUAAGAAAGGUCGUGGGGCCAUGUCGAACAUGGAGAAACACCUAUUUAACUUGAAGUUUGCUGCAAAAGAGCUUAAUAGGAAUGCCAAGAAAUGUGAUAAAGAAGAAAAGGCUGAAAAGGCCAAGAUUAAAAAGGCUAUUCAGAAAGGGAAUACAGAAGUUGCAAGAAUACAUGCUGAAAAUGCAAUCCGCCAGAAGAACCAAGCAAUUAAUUUCUUGAGAAUGAGUGCUAGGGUUGAUGCUGUGGCAGCCAGAGUUCAAACUGCAGUAACAAUGGGCAAGGUAACCAAGUCCAUGGCAGGUGUAGUUAAAUCUAUGGAUGCUACAUUGAGGAGUAUGAACCUUGAAAAGAUUUCUGCCCUGAUGGACAAAUUUGAACACCAAUUUGAAACACUGGAUGUUCAAACACAACAAAUGGAAGACACAAUGAGUAGUACUACAACCCUAACAACACCACAAAGCCAAGUGGAUAUGCUGCUUCAAGAAAUGGCAGAUGAAGCUGGCCUUGAUCUCAAUAUGGAACUACCACAGGGUCAGACAGGAUCUGUUGGCACCAGUGUUGCUUCCAUGGAACAGGAUGAACUAUCACAGAGACUUGCUCGUCUACGUGAUCAAGUGUAAUUUAAAGAACUGGUGCUUUUGUUUACUUCACCUGCUUCUGAAAAAUUUCAUGUGUAUAUAUAGAUAAGUUGCACUCCAGUUAUACUAAGAACACCAUAUGUUACAGAAUGCUUAAAUGCUAUUUAUUUAUAAUGCUUUCUUUUGCCAUGUUGUACUUUCUAAUACUUUAAGAAAUUCCAGAGAGUUUCCACCUUGACAUAUUUUAUAGUUUUGUAUAUUAUAUUGUAAUAUGUAAGGGACAUUUUUUUAGAUGACUUUGACCAAGCUAGCAUUAAUUUGUUGUAUAUGAAACAUCCUUUUUAAAAAUUGCAUCAAAAAUCUGGUAACAAAGUACUACAGAAGAAAGUAUAGAAUAAAGAUUUUGGUUUCUUUUAAUUCAAAGUUGUUUUAAAUCUCUGCAUUCACAUGUGAUGCAUAAUUAAAAAGCAGGGAAACCAAGUUUACUUAACAUGCUUACAAGCCAAAAAUACCUUAUUUAGUGUCAUACGAUGGGCAAUGCUAUUUUUUUAAAAAAUCAUUUUUUAUUUUUGGAGAGAGAGGAAUGGAGAGGGAGAGAGAAGAAACAUCAAUGUGAGAGUGGAACAUCCAUUGGUAGCCUCCUGCAUGCGCUCUGACCAGGAAUCGGUUCAGCAACCUUUUGGUGCAUGGAAAGAUGCCCAACCGAGCCACACUGGCCAGGGAGACAAAGCUAUUUUUUUGUUUUAUGUUUUGUGUUUAUUUUUGCUGUUCAAGCACAAAUGCAAUUGACUUUUAUUCUGUCUUAAUCAGCUUUUAAAUUUAGAUUAUUACUGGAUUUUUUAACCAGUAAUUUGAUGACUAUUAUUCUGAAUUCCUGAAAUUUAAAAAAAAUUUCAUGGAUAAUUUUCCAAUAUAACUAGAAAAAAUAUACACCAUUAAAUUAAAGAAAUUAAAGUUUGCUCAGUUUUUAAAUUUUUUUUUUUUGCUAAAUCACUAUUGUUAAGUAUGAAAUUUAACCUUUCAUACUUUCAAAUGAAAUUGAAAUACAUUUUAAAUGAUUCUCCUUAUUUCUACUCUACUCUUGAUAACACUGUAUUUUGAAAGAUUAAUUUACAUGGCCUUAAUAUAAUUUACAUUUUUCAUAUGAUUGUUUAUUGCUUUUUGAGAAUCUUAGCCUAGAUUUUAAAAGCAACAACAAAAAGUAACAGAGAAAACAAAAUGGAAUCAAUUCAAGUUACAACUACCAUAAGCCCUGGUUAAAUGUAUUUGUCCUUUUAAGAAAAGACUCUUUAAUAACUGGAAGAAAUGAAGUAGAACUAAAUGUUGGAAUAAAAUGUUUUGCCUAGCCAUUCGAAUAACUUCCAGAGCAAUGGAAGUUGGGUGUACAAUGUAGGGGGUUGGAACACAGAAAAGUCCUAAGGUCAAAAAAAGACUAAAUUCUGGAAGGCCAGAUCCUUGGGGGAAAGCAUUUGAUGGCCAAUUGUACAACUUUCCAUUUCUCCAGUAAUAGUUCUGUUUUACCCAACUAAAAUGAAUAAAUGCUUGCAAUUUUCUUCUAUAACAGUCUCAAAUGUGGAGAAGUGACAAAGUUAUAUUUUAGCUGGUAUACUACUAAUCUAUGUUAAGUAGGUAAAGUGUUUUUCAUUACUUACUGCAUGAUUGAUUCAUGAAAGAAUUUUCAUAUUUCAUUAAGUUUUGUUGAAGAGCAGAUCCAUUGUUAAGUCAUGAAGGCAUUCAAAGUGCAAUUAUGGAGACAUUUUUGCUAAAUAUUCACAAUUCAUACAUGUUUCCUAUUGUAAAUGAGAGUGUAUAAAUGACAAUUAUUUUCACUGGGUAAUGAAAUUAGAAAUUACUCUUUUGCUAAGUUUCAGUUAAACCUACUUAACUUUCUUGGUACUUGACUAAAUGGUAUGACCUCAGUGUGGUAAUCUUCUAUUUUGUUUGUAAUUGAUGCUUUGUCCUUUUUACUGAAAGUAUAAGUUUGUUCAUAUUGGAACAUCCUGAGGAGGUAUAGAAGAGAUUAUUACAGACUAAAAUAUCUAUGAAAUAGUUAUCUCAUUUUCCAUUGGUGGGAAUUGUAGCUUUUGUUCUUUUAAAUUAAAUAAAAAGUGUUAAUUGUGAAA